UUUUUUCAACCACUUGUUGUUGUUGUUGUCAAUCUCAUCUACCACUUGUUGUUGUUUUUGUCAAUCCCAUCUACCACUUGUUGUUGUUGUUGUCAAUCCCUUCUACAACUUGUCAAUCCAAUCAAUCUUUAAUUAACUAACCGCGGAUUCUUUCUUUCAUUCUCAUUGUUAUUAUUGUCAAAACUAACCUUGUCAUCUUCACCACCACAAACACCAUUCCAAAUGGGCAAAAAUAAUAAAAGGAAAAACAUCAUUCGUGAUGAUGAUGAUCAUAAUCAACAAGCUGAACAUCAAGAUGAUCAUCAAGCUGAUAAUUCUUCUAAAAAUACUAAAACACCGAUAAAAAAGUCAAGAAUUGAAAAUAUCAUUGAUAUAUCUUCUAAUUCAUCAUCAUCAUCAUCAUCAUCAUCACCAUCAUCAUCAAGAUCAAAACCGUCGACAUCUAAAUCAUCACCAUCAUCAUCAAGAUCAAAACCGUCGACAUCUAAAUCAAAACAGUCGACGUCUAAAUCAAAACCGUCGACGUCUAAAUCAAAACCGUCGACGUCUAAAUCAAUAGCAUCAUCAUCCAGAAAUACCAGAUCCAUUAGUGAUUUCUUUACACCAAGUCAAAAACCGGAUUCCAUGAUCACGACCGCAGCCGUCGCAUCAGCAACUUCAAAUAUCGAACAAGAAAACAACAACAACAAGCAAUCAUCAUCCAAUGACGCGUUUGUCAAAAUAAUUAUCCUUUUUUUAAAAAAAAUUCUCAAAUUCAAAUCCCUUCGAAAUAAAGAUAUUGAAAAAUACACUAAGAUUUCCAAAAUAUUAAAUGAUUUGAGUGGAAACAUUACCAAAAAAUUUAAAAAAGAAGCAUUUAAAGCGAUGGAAAAAUUGAUUAAAAAUUCUACAUUUUUAGUUGAAGUUAAAGAAUUCAUCAAAGAAUUAAUCGAAAAUUUUGAAAUUCUCAACAUCAACAACCAAAUAGUCAAUCUUGUCGACGACGACGAUGACGACUUAAUUGAAGAUGAAAAUUUUGAAAAUUUUAAAAUGAAAUUAUCGGAAAUUAUGUCAACAUUGACUAAUCAAUCAAAUACGAUUGUUGAGGAAACACCUCGUGAACAAAAAAUCGAACCAUUCAAUUUUACCGUCGCAUCUUCAUUAACAAAACCACCUAAAUAUGCUAGCGUUGUUUUUAAAAAACGCGCCAAUGCCAAUGCCAAUGCCAAUGCCAAUCCCAAUACAAAUAAUGAAAAUAAAAAUAAUGAUGGUGAUGAUAAUGAAAAUAAAAAUAAUGAUGGUGAUGAUAAUGAUAAUACAAAUAAUGAUGGUGAUGAUAAUGAAAAUAAUAAUUAUGAUGGUGAUGAAAAUGAUAAUAAUAAUAAUGAUGGUGAUGAUACAAAUAAUGAUGACGAUGGAAAAAAUAUUAAAGAAAUAUUAUCGGAAAGGCUAUCUAAACCUGGCAGUCUUGGCAUUUCCAUUUCCAGCUUCCACCAACUUAGCCAUGGAAAAUUUUUAAUUGGAUUUGAUGAUCCAAUGUCAAAAAAUAGAUUCGAUUGUUUGGCCAAAUCUAUAGAUGAAAUAAAAGUGGAAAAUCCGAGAAGAAAACGGCCAGUAAUCAUGUUACAAGGGCUUCCGGAAACCACCAACCUCGAUACUUUGGCCAAAACAAUCACGGAAUUUAACAUAAAAAUUAAAGAUUGUUUAAAAAUAAUUAAAAAAGAGAGCAACAAUGACAACAUCGACGACCUAGCCAAAAUAUUUAAAUAG